GUGACGCGUGUAAUUCACACUCCACUUGGCCCUCAUAUUUCGCCUCUGUCAAAUUUCCUCUUCUCCUCGUUUUUUUCUUUUGUUUAACCGUCCUCCUCUCGCGCAAAAAGCCCUAAUUUGCUGCGUCGCCAUUUUCCCCCCCUGCUUCCGUUUGAUUUCUUACUUUUUUGGGGGAAAAAGAUUGCGGGGUUAGAUGGAGAAAAAAGACGAGGAUUUGUCGAUACAGAUUUAUAAAGAUCCCAAUUUUACCGGCGGUUGCUUGGAAAUACGGCUGUUCUACGUCCGGAUUGCGCCGUGCGCAGUUGGCGCUGUGCCGGACCACCUCACCCUCCGCCAUCUCCGCCGCGAGAUGGGCGUUUGGCUCGAAAUUAAUGGGUCUCGCCUCCCGGCCUCCGACGCCGCUUGGAUCACGCUCCGCCUGGAUCGAGCUGAUAAGGAUUCUUCCGAGGCGACUUAUUUGAGCACCGACAGAGUCCGAGUUUCUGGGCCGGUGGAGUUUGAGGUGCAGGAGACGAAAGAUGUAUUGCUUCUGUGUGGAUCUUUAGAGAGAGGGGAGACCCCGUGGACGGAUGGGUUGGAUAGUUCCUCCAAGACUGGCUGGAGCUUGGAUUGUUACACGGCGGCUCCACUUGUGUCCGGGGGGUCGUCGUUUUUCCAGCCCAAAUUUUCCUUUUGCUCUCCUUCCAUUGAGGUCUACAUAGCAGGUUGUUGUUCUGGUGUGCCUGUUAUACUGACAAAAACUAUCCAGGCUAGCCCGAGAAAGAAGGUUCCGAGGCAGAGUGUAUUGGAUGCCAUUCCUGAGGAUGAGGAAAUAGGGAAGGAGCAGAAAAGCAGUAACAGAUUGGUUCUUCAGCGUCAAAAGAUGAUCACAGAAGCUGAAGUGGAUUAUUAUGGUUCAGAUGCAAAAGCUGAGCAUGGUUCAUAUUUGGAUGGAAUGUACCCUGGUGAAGAGGGGCAGCUGUCAUGGUUUAACGCUGGGGUGAGAGUUGGUGUGGGAAUAGGCCUUGGGAUGUGUGUAGGUGUCGGCAUUGGUGUCGGACUUCUCAUGAGAUCCUAUCAAGCCACAACCAAAAACCUUCGAAGGCGGUUUUUCUAGAUGUGGCGAAGUUCAGAAAUAUCAACUUUUUUUCCUUCUGGUUUUUAUGCACAUCAGCAUCAAAGUGACCUUAGGCAACACAUGUCCCCAUGCCAUAAAAGCCUUUUCUGCAUAGUGUCUCAAGUGUAUGUGUAGUGAGCCUUUUGUAUAUAUUUCCUUUGGAGAAAUUUUUGUGUCAAGAUGUGUUGUGUUGUAGCCUUUUCUUGUGAAUAUGUUAGAAGAGUUUCAAUUUGUUAUAUUCCAUUUUUGUUCCCAUAGAAAGUCUUCCCCCUCUUGAUAGCAUUGUGAAGAGUGGU